AUGAAGAUUGCAGAUGAUGUGAAGCAGGAAGGAGUAGAAAGGAGGAGCGAGGCUGAGACCACAUCUGCGGGCGGGAGCUGCAGCCAGAUGCCGAGCCGGGCCAUCCCGGCCACACGUUGGGUGGUGCUCAGCCAUGGUGCGCAGCUGCCGCCUGGGGAUUACAGCACCACUCCGGGAGGCACCAGGAUCAUCUAUGACCGAAAAUUUUUGAUGGAAUGUCGUAACUCUCCUGUGGCCAAAACACCACCUCGGGAUCUGCCCACCAUUCCUGGGGUCACCAGCCCCGCUGGUGAUGAACCUGCUACUGAAAUAAAUCCGAACCACCUACCCAACAGCCAUGAGGACAAGCCAGGAAGCCAUGAGGAAUCACAGUUUGAGAUGGACAUUUAAAGGGCCGGCCACCGGAAUUGAGCAGUGGCCCCCAAGACCCACGGAUCCCGUUCAGGGGAGGA